UUUUUUUACAGUUAUAUUGACUCAACUUUUGAUUCAUAUGUCUUUGACCACUCAUGGGGGUUGUUUAGAUGUGGUCUUUUUGUUAUUUAAUCAUCUGGGGUUGGGUUGGUUAUCAAAAUUAUGAAUUGGGUUUGAUAGAAUCAAUGGUUUUUAUUGGGGAAAUUGGGGUUUUGAUAUGCCAAUCUUGAAAGGGGGAGUGUCAGUUUACAACUCUUUACUGCUUUCUGCUUUGUGGGUAUCAAAGAAGCAGCUUAGCUCAUUCAGCUCUUUGGAAUCAAAUUCUAUUCAAGAGGUUUUAAAGGGUAGGGUUUGGCUUGGUUUCUUGGUUGUGAUUCAUUAAUUUGGGGGGAAAGUUGGGGUUCUUUAAGCAAAUCUUGGACCUUUUUCUUGAUUUGGUGUUGUGGGUAUCAAAUCUUUUAGGUUUUUGAUUCUAGGUUUCUUGACAUCUGAGCAGUUCCUAUUUAGGGAAUUUUGGAGUCAAGAAACUCAGUUCCUAUUUUUGUUUUUGAGAGCUUCCAACUCAUUUCCACGAAGAUUCUUUACUCACUUCUCACAUGGGUAAAUUAUUUGAUGAUUAGGGUUCUAAAGACUUCUGGUUGACUUCACCUGUGAUUGUGGAAUCAUUCAGCUGUGUGAACUGGAUCACUCCAAUGAUCCUAGAACCAUAAUAUCUGAGAUAGUGCUGGAAAAAAGAAAAUCACAAGAAAGUCAGUUGUAGCUUGAUGAAUUUAGCAAUGGCCUCCAAAAAAGAUGGAAUUCACAUGUGAAGAUGCUAGCUGUAUUGAGUUUUCUACUAUUGAUGCAAUUAUCGGUCAUAUCUACCUCUGGAUUGUUGCAUACUGAGGCUUGUGGAUCGCAUCAUAUUCGCCAUUCGAGUGAUUCUGGUCAUGAGUUGUUUUUCUAUGAUGGAGAAUUGGUAGAUAAAGAUUUCUUCUGCAAAUUCAUCAAGUUAUACAUUGCAAAUCACUGCUUCAUCAGUAGAUUCAUUGUGAAUCAAUGCUUUGAAGGGGAUCUUUUUUCAGAUGGUUUACCCGCGAAGGUUGAGAGGAGAUUUUUGCGCUAUUUGGUUAUAAAAGAGACUCGAGGAUCCGUGUUUAGCGCAAAAUAUACAGCCAUGGGUGCACCAGGACUCUUGCUUCUAUGUUGCACCAGUUUUUUUUGCUGUUUUCGAUCUAAAAAGAAGGAUACUGAUGAUGUUGUUCUUGUUAAGGAGUCGAAUUCAAUGGAUUCAGCUCCGUCUGUAGAAAUGAAUUCGGUGUCUGGAAAGACUCCAGCAAGUCCACUACGAGUUCCACAGAGUCCUGGUAGAUUCUCGAUGUCGCCGAAGCUCGAUAGGAUUGGAUCGGUUCAUCUAACAAUGAAUCAAGUUGCAAGAGCUACACAAAACUUUUCACCAUCAUUGAAGUUGGGUGAAGGAGGAUUUGGAACCGUAUAUAAAGCUCAACUACAAGAUGGUCGAAUGGUCGCUAUAAAAAGAGCAAGCAAGGAACGCUCCGAUGCUUUACGAAGUGAAUUUAGAAGUGAGAUUGAGUUACUUGCGAAGAUUGAACAUCGAAAUCUAGUAAAAUUGCUUGGUUACGUAGAUAAAGGAAACGAGCGCCUUAUUAUUACAGAGUUUGUGCCUAAUGGUACACUUAGAGAUCAUUUAGAUGGUAUUCACGGAGGUUGCUUAGAUUUCAGUCAACGGCUUGAAAUUUCCAUCGAUAUUGCUCACGGCUUAACGUACCUUCAUUUAUACUCAGAAAAACAAAUAAUCCACCGAGAUGUGAAAUCGUCGAACAUCCUUCUGACGGAUACGAUGCGAGCUAAAGUGGCCGAUUUCGGAUUUGCGAGGCUUGGGGGUACUGAGACCGGUAAAACACAUGUUGUAACCAAAGUGAAAGGGACGGUUGGCUACCUUGAUCCGGAGUAUAUGAGAACCUUUCAACUCACCCCAAAGAGCGACGUGUACUCUUUCGGGGUUUUACUGGUAGAAAUUCUUACGGGUCGUCGACCUGUCGAAUCGAGGCGGUUUCCGGACGAGAAGAUCACGAUUAGAUGGGCAUUCGGGAAACACACCAAAGGCGAAACGAUGGAUUUGGUGGACCCGCAAAUGAUGGAAGGGGUGGACGGGGAGAUCUUCGAAAAGAUGUUAAGCCUGGCGUUUCAAUGCGUGGCCCCCACACGAGCUGAUCGGCCUGAUAUGAAGUCCGUGGGAGAGCAGUUGUGGGCGAUACGAAUGGACUAUCUUAAACAUGGAAGAAGAGAGUGACGGAAAAAGCUUCGGUUUCUUAUAUUGUAGAUUAUCUUUCCUUUUUUUCCUAUAACCGUGGGUAUCCUGGCCAGCUUGCACGAAUCUCGACUAAUCCAUGAGACCCUUAAAAUAACAGUCGGAAAAAUCUCCAGUGGCCAUAAAGACUCGAACCCGCGAUGUAUUGGGAGGAGCCCCAAGUACUAGCCUUAUGCAAACUUGAACUCUAAUUUUUGUUUAUUUUAGAUUUAUGGUUGUUUUUGAUGGGUUGUACCAUGCAGUGAGUUUGUUUGCAUGCUACAAUUGUGGCAAUGUACAAGUGUACAAUGCUUGUGUUUUUGCAUGGUACAAGUACUUGAUGCAUAAAAGUAGUUUAUUGAAUUGGAUUGAAGGUGUUUUUGGCUUUUAUCUGUAUGUUGAGUGUAAGACAUCGAUACUGAUAAAUAUAGCGGUUACAGUUGUUG